AUGCCGAAAUCCAUCUUGGUUGUUGCCGGCACUGGAAAGCAAGGCCGUGCUACAACUCGCGAACUUCUCAGCCACGGGCACACUGUGCACAUCUUGACACGAAAUCCCUCAUCCUCACCAGCCAAAGACUUGCAAUCCCUGGGCGCGGUAGUGCAUGCUGGAGACCUAGAAUCAAUCGGGACAAUCCAAGCUGCGCUGGACAAUGUGGACACGGUCUUCCUCGCCAUCCCCGCCCACCCGGUCACUGAAGUCCCACACGCCAAGACAUUCAUCGAAGCAGCAAAGAGCAAGAAUGUCAAGCAGAUUAUCUACUCAAGCGUCGCACGCACCGGCGAGCAUGAGAGUUUUCCAGGCUGGAACGACGAGUAUCCUAUGGCGUGGUAUUGGAAGAAUAAACACACGGUCGAGAACAUGAUACGCACAUCAGGCAUAGCGCAUUGGACUAUUCUCCGCCCAUCAGCCUUCAUGCAGAACUUCUGCCGCCCUGAGGUUGAAUUCAUGUUCCCUGGUCUCGCAGAUGCGCAUGAGCUGCGUGUCGCGUUUGACCAAGACACAAAGCUCGAUCUCAUAGAUGUCGCUGAUAUUGGCAAAUUCGCAGCGGCUGCGAUCGAGGCGCCAGCGAAGUAUGCAGGGGCGGAAAUAGCAAUUGCGGGGGAAAGGUUGACGACAGCGGAGAUGGCUCAGCAGCUUGGGAAGAUUCGUGGUGUAGACAUCAAGGCGGUAUACCUUGACGAUGAGCAGGUCAAAGCGCUUGUUGCGCAGGGUUAUAUCGCUUUGGAGGCACAGAAGUGGCAGAAGGAGGUGGGCUAUCGUGUUGAUGCGGGAGCUUUGGAGCGGUAUGGCGUUCCUCUUACUCCGCUGGCAGAAGCUUUGGAUCGGGAUGCUCUGGGGUGGUAA